AUGGAGGUCCUUCAUCCCCUCAUUCGAGCUGCCUCGACGCUGAGCGAACACAUCAUCACCACAACCCUGGCGCCAUCCUCAUCCUCCGCAACCGGCAUCGUCCAAAAGGCCGAUCACUCACCCGUGACAAUCGCCGACUUUGCCAUCCAGGCCCUCUUGUCGUCGACUGUGCGGGCUCACUUCCCCAGCGACGCCAUUGUGGGCGAGGAGUCGGCCGCGCAACUGCGCGAGGAUGCGUCUCUCCUGGACAAGGUGGUGACGGCAUUGACAUGGCUCGCAGAGCAAGAGGGCGUCGAGGAGGCGGUGACGAUACCCAGGGAUGCGGAGGCCAUCUGUGUCAUUGUGGACGAGUGCGGGUCCUCGAUACCCAGUGCCGAGCGACGCACGUGGAUCUUCGACCCCAUUGACGGCACAAAGACGUACAUGCAGGGGAAGCUGUACGCCAUCAACGCGGCCCUGGUGGUGGACGGGGAGCAGGCCAUUGGCAUGGUGGGGUGCCCCAAGCUCAACCCGAAGCAGGCCAGUCCCGUGGGGGACGGCGACAUUUCCAGCGAGGGAUGCGUCGUCUUUGCCGUAAAGGGCCACGGCGCGUGGGUGCAGGAGCUCGGUAAGGGCAGUGAACCACCGCAGAGGCUGGAGAGGCAUGGGCAGGAUCUAGGACUGGACGACAUCCGCUUCACGUCCUGCACGACCGUCUCGUCGUCGGUGCCACAGCUCAACGCCAACCUCCUGUCGCGGCUGAACGUUGCGUCGUCAAACGACCUGCUCCCGUGGGUGCUGCGCUGGAUCUCGCUGGCGCUCAACAUGGCCAACACGACGGUCUGGGUGUACAAGUCGCUCGACAGGCGGGGCAAAGUGUGGGAUCACGCGGGCGCCAUGCUCAUCUUUGAGGAGACGGGGGGUGUCGUCAGCGAUGUGAAUGGGAAAAAAGUCAGCGUCGUCGGCAGCAGGAUCAUGGAGGGGAACUUUGGGUUUGUGGCCGCGCCGGGCGGUCUGCAUGCAAAGGUGCUCGAGCAGGUCUGGGUCGUGAUGAGGGAGAUGGGGCACGAGGGGUUGCUGGGGGCAUGA